AUGGCUCCGACAAAAUCUACAAAGGCUGGCCCAUCCAAGGGCGCCAAGUCCGCAUCCAAGUCCGCCGAUCGUCCCAAACCAAAGAAGCCCACUGGUCCCAAGCCGAAGCCCGUCGAGCAAAAGUCAAAGUCCACCUCCCACGGCCCUGCGAAGAAGAAGAAGCGCGUCUACACAGAAAAGGAGCUCAACAUUCCCACUCUCAACGGCAUCCGCCCUGCUGGCAUCCAGAAGCCCAAUGGUGUCAAGAAGGGAAAGACCUUCGUCGAUGACAAGGAAUCCUUGAUGACCAUCCUCGCCAUGGUUCAGGCCGAGAAGGAAGGUAACAUCGAGAGCAAGAUGAUCCGUGCUCGUCAGAUGGAGGAGAUUCGUGAGGCCAGAAAGGCUGAAGCUGAGAAGAGAGAGGCUGGCCGCAAGGAGAAGCUGGAGGGGGUCAAGGAUGAACUCCGCAGAAAGAAGAACAAGAAGGGUGCCAAGUCAUCCGAUGCCAAUGUCGACGUUGAGCCUGCCGCCGACAAGCCCAAGAAGAAGAGAGUCUCUUUCGGUUGA